GUGGAGGGGAGCCUCAUCACUAUCUUAUAGCUACUUGUAAUUAGCAUUGUCUAAUUAGUACACACCAUUAAUUAGGGAGGAUCAGCGGUUGGGGAUCCCCCAACACACAGGUGAUCUGUUGUCCUGGGAAAUCACACGGAUCUAUAUACUCGCGUCACCUGUAUCACGGGGAUGCUGAGCUAGGCCGCUGGAGUCUCCUCGGAGUACCUGGGACAUUAUACCUGUGUGUGUAGUAUCAGUGAGGACAGGCACAUAUUGACAUUGUAGUGAACCAUUUUACUACGGCAGUUUAAAAGGACAAAACUUAAACAACAGAUCGAUGUAUUUGCGGAUACUUCCAACCUUGAAUUAAAGUGGUGUACCUGUAUUUUAUGAUAAAGGUAUACGGACCGUCAUGUGGAUGGAUUAGAGGAACAAUCUCGAGAAAGCUGAUCACCAAAACCAACAACUUCAAUAAUAUAUCAAACAUGGAUUGUUUACAGAAAAUCGUCACUGUGGUCAUCCUAACACUAACUAUGGCUAUACAUUGUUUGGCAGGUACGCCAUUGUCAAACAGUGCAUGCUUCGCCCAGAAAGUAUUAAACUUUAAGUGUGGAUACGGAUACAUGAUCAGAAUCACCCGGACACUGUACGGAUACAAUCCCGCUGGACUCUGCAGUCUCCAGCCCGGAGACUGUAUCGACGAGGAACGCAAGCUUUACCCAUGUGUAGGACGCGAAUCCUGCUCGAUCAAUCUCCCGAGUGGGGGUGUCGGAAGAGUUAUCUCCUCCUGCAAUAAACCUAGCAACUACUUCCAUGUGGAAUAUGAGUGCAUCCCAGUGACUGAAACAAAAAACAUCUGUGAUGCUCCAAUGAUCACGGCCCAGCAGGGGUACAUAGUUACCCCCGGUUACCCGAAUAACUACGGCCCAAACAUCAACUGUACUACCCGCAUUCAAGUAGAAAGCUACCAGCAUCUCAAACUCUACAUCCUUGACCUUGACCUUGAGAUGGCCAGCAGCACAUGUUCUGACUACAUGCUUGCCCAGGACACCAUACAAUCUCUUACACUUUGUGGAAAACGAGGGAAUGAACCUAGUCCAGUCUCCUGGAAGAACCUUACACUCAGGCUGUCAACCAACAGCAGAAAUAACUACAAGGGAUUCUGGUUGUACUAUGAAGCCACACCAGCACUGACAACCACCACUCAACGACCGACCUCUGCUGUGAUCACCAACAAGAAGACGUCACAGCCUGUAGGUCCGAUAAUGACGACAAUCUCGCCAAAACACGUCAUUCCUAUCACCAAGACUGUUAAUAACGUCAACGUGGAUAAAGCAGAAAAAUUGCCAUUCGCUGCCAUUGUGGGCGGAGUUAUUGGUACCCUGAGUUUUGUGUUGGUGAUCCUGCUCGUUCUGCUAAUCGUUAAAUGGUCACGAGAAAGAAAGAGGAGGAGGGACAAGAACCAGUUUAUCGAGGUACAGAAUCCCGGUUACAGAAACAGCAAUGAGUUCCAACAAAAUACGAUUCCGCGAACGGACAUUUGUUACAACUAUGUGGACUGUUGAGUGUUGACGGCCAUUCUAAUCCUUUGUGAUCUCACACAUGGUGUGUUGGGGUAGCGAGAUGUGAUCUCCGAACAUCACACACAAACUUAAAGUGCAGCUACGACUUUUACAUGUGACCUUGAUCAUGACCUUGGAUCUAAUCCAGCCAAUCAUAUCAUUAAUAUUCCAUUUCACAUUCAAAGGACAAAAAAUGAAUUUUUGCAUAAAGGAUUGUGCUAUGGAAGAAGAGGCUUCCAAAGCAACUCAUCAAAGAACAGUAUUUACUACUGCGUUGACUAAUCAUGAUUUCUAAACCUACCCUACAAUAUCUAGUGCACAAACAGCUACAAGUACAGCUUGCUGGACAAUGAACUUCGAUGUGCUUCAGCAAUUGUAGAUUUUAGAAAUUAUGUAAAAGACAAGAUUUUUUUUCUGUGAUAUAAAAAGUGCCGUUUUUAUCUGUUUUCUGCCUGAGUAAACACAGGUGAGCUUUUUACCUGGGAGUUUGAACAGGAAGGAGGAGUGGAUCGACGGGACGCCACAGGUAAAAUCCAUACACCUGAGCCGACAGCGUCAGCAGGUGACAAUACAAAUACCCGAUAUGGCGUACCCAUCAUUCUCUGUGCAGUGAAACGGUUACAAGGUUGUGCAAUGUGGACUUGAGGAACUACACGUUGAUAAAAUUGAUGUGCAAUAACACUCUCGGUAGUUUAAUUUAUUCAUUGUAUAUAGAUUCAUGUUCAAUAUUUGUUUUUUCAUGUAUAUAUCUAAUAUAAAGUGCUACAUUUAUACAACUCUAAUGUAUAUUAAUAUGACACUUCAAAUCUAUACAUUACAUUAUUAAUUUAUGCUUCCUUCUUAUAUUUUCUCUCUAUCCUAUACAUAUGUUUCCUUUUUUAUAUUUCCCUUUCCAUCCGGUAAACCUAUCUCUUCCGGCAUAUUCUGUUUCAUUGUAUUAUUUUCAAAAUAAAAUUCUACCUUUCAAAAAUAAAACAAUUACAAAAAAAAAAAAAAUUCUAAAAGUACAAAAUUUCCAUAAUUAGGAUUUUUGAAUUUUCAAACAUUUUCAUCAAUCUGCUUAGUUUUGCUAUAAAUAUGUUGCUUGGCAACCAUCUGUAAACGCACAUACUGUAUCCAUAUUUGCCAGUACAUUGUCGGUAUCAAUAAUUGACUGAUGUUCUUAACUGUACAAACUAAAUCGUUAUUGAUUUUUCCAUAUCUGCAUCCUACUGGGUUUUUUUGUCUCUAGACACUCGUAUGUCAUCAGACCACAAUUAACGCUUAAUAUUGAUGUUAUAAAUUAGCCCUGUAAACGUCAGCUAUCAGUUAUUGAACAUCAAUAGAUAUGGCUGAUAACCAAAUUUAUUAUCAUUUUGUAAAAUCUGCUUCAACACCGGGUUUAUGUCAAUCGGAAUGAAAUGAAUAACCUAGCAGCAUUUUAGUUAGGAUUUCUGAAGUGUUAAUUUUUUUUAUUUAUUUUUUUUUUAAUUGAUAUAAAAGUGGACAGACAUUUCCGUGUGUACUGUACCAAAAGCUUUAGGAAGCUACCAUGACAGUGAACGUCACUGUGUAACAUGUAUAUAUUUGAUUAGUAUAUGUGUUAGGGGCCUGGGGAAUGUUCUCCAUAAGCAUCUGUUAAUUAUGACAGCAUUAUAACAACGACACAAAAUAAGAUAAUGGAACAUCACUUUAAAUUUUCUUUCAAACAAAAUUUCAAAAAAUUUGAUUAUGAAAGAUAUUGUGCUUAACCCAAAAACCGCUGUGCAAUAUUUUUUUUAAGAUGAGCAUAAUUCCUUGGUUUCUAUUCUUAAUUACUUUUACGCGGCUGUCUAAAACAUAAGCAUAUGUGAGAAUGUUUUCGGGACGACUGUCUGUGAUACACUAGUGUUUUAUUUCGUUUGGCAUCAUCUAGUCUUAAUAUAUUGAAUUAUACUAUGCCAGUGCUUACUACAAUAUAGACACCAUUUAUUAGCUUCUAUCUGUUACACAUGGCAUUUAAUUUAUUGAGAAUCACAUUCAUGCUCUACAUUAAUAGAGCACCAUUCCUUCUGCAUAAGCCAUUCCCCAACUCUAAUGGAAAAUGUCCAAAUUGUAUAGCAAACAGGCUCUGUUUCUAGAUCUCUUUGUUGUGACAUAUCUUUAAACAAGAGAAAUAUUAUAUUAUUUUUAGUCAUAAUUAUAAGGCUUAAUUUUUCCUUAAACAAGUCGCAAAAUUUGUACUAGAUAAUUCAUGUUAAUUAAUGCAUAUGAGAGUUAAAUGAACGAAAACAAGAUAAUCAAAAACACACACAUACAAGGGCAUCAUUUAUUAGCUAUGCUAGUAGUUGUUAUUUAUGGAGAGAGAGACAGAGAAAGAAAGAGAGACACAGAGAGAGAGAGAGACAGAUCAUAAAGUAAGAAGGGAAAGAAAGAAAAGACAGAAAGUGAAAUGUAUUGAAGAGUUGAUAAUUUAUCAUUAUAAACUUAAAUAUUAUUUUGUGUUGAAAUCUGAGUAUUUAUUAUUAUGAGACAUUUGAUGUACAUGUAUUUGAUAAUUUAAAUAAUUUAACUUGUUGCUGUAUGAACGUCUUUGCAAGGCCAAAAGAUGUGCCGCAGUAUUUAUAUGUCCAAAAAAUUAAUAAAAAAUCAAAUGAAAAUUAA